GGACCAGACAGCGGGCUGCGAGUUGCGAGCUCCGCUCUCCGGCCAUGGCCCCCGCUCCGCCCCCCGCCGCCUCCUUCUCGCCCGCCGAAGUCCAGCGGCGCCUGGCGGCCGGCGACUGUUGGGUCCGCCGCGGGGCGCGCCUCUACGACCUCACCAGCUUCCUGCGGCACCACCCGGGGGGCGAGCAGCUGCUGCGGGCACGGGCCGGUCAGGACGUUAGCGCCGACCUGGACGGACCUCCGCACCGGCACUCGGCCAACGCACGACGCUGGCUGGAGCAGUACUACGUGGGAGAGCUGCGAGACGACCCGCAGGAGCCCACAGAGAAUGGGGCCACAGCCUCUGAGGAAAUGCCGAAGCUGGACCCUGAGAUGGAACCGAGGCUCAAAGCAGUGGACUGGGACAAGGACCUGGUGGACUGGAAGAAGCCGCUGCUGUGGCAGGUGGGCCAGCUGGGGGAGAAGUACCACGAGUGGGUCCACCAGCCGGUGAGCAGACCCAUCCGCCUCUUCCACUCCGACUUCAUUGAGGGCCUGUCCAAGACAGUCUGGUACAGUGUCCCCAUCAUCUGGGUGCCCCUCGUGCUGUACCUGAGCUGGUCCUACUACGGAACCCUCGCCCAGGGCAACGUCCGGCUCUUCAAAUCGUUCACAUCAGAGUACACGGUGGUGGUGCGCGAGUCUGUGUUCCCCGGCCUCUUCGUGCUGGGGAUGUUUCUCUGGAGUCUCGUGGAGUACUUCAUCCACCGCUUCCUGUUCCACAUGAAGCCCUCUGCUGACAGCUGUUACCUCAUCAUGCUGCACUUCGCCCUGCACGGCCAGCACCACAAGGCCCCCUUCGACGGCUCCCGCCUGGUCUUCCCGCCCGUGCCAGCCUCUCUGAUGAUCGGCUUCAUCUACUUGGUGAUCCGGCUUAUCCUGCCCGAGGCCGUGGGGGGCACUAUGUUCGCAGGCGGCCUCCUGGGCUACGUCCUCUACGACAUGAUCCAUUACUACCUGCACUUUGGCUCCCCCCACAAGGGCUCCUACCUGUACAGCAUGAAGGCCCACCACGUGAAGCACCACUUCGCCCACCAGCAGUCAGGGUUCGGCAUCAGCACGAAGCUGUGGGAUUACUUGUUCCACACCCUCACCCCAGAUGAACAGCGGCUGAAGACCCAGUGAGCUCCCCCGUGUCCUUCCCACCUUUGGCAGCGUGGCCUGGCUCUGGCUUCUGCCCCGUGCAGUCCCCUCCAGCUUCACAGCCUGGGCUUGGUACAGGGGCCUGGGGUCUCUCCAGGCAGGACUGUCCUCCUGGCCCACCACACAGGAGGGUCAUGGCUCUCCCAGGGCAGCCCACCCUCCUCACCCACGUCCCUACCCAAGCCUCAGCCCGCAGGACUACUUAAAGGCGCAGCCAGUGUCCCCGGGGGCAUGAAGGAAACUGACCUCGGGGCCAAGGUUGUGCCCACUGCCUUAGCCCCUGGGGCUCCCCAGGAUCCCCACAGAACAGGGUGUGUGGGGCCUGGGCCCUGUCAUACCUUUCUUCUGUCCUGGCAAGGGUUUGGUGGCUCUGAGGUGAAUGAAAGGCUCUCACAAGACAAGACAGCAUGACACCUCCCACGGGCCACCCACCCCACCCCACCCCCGGCCCCAGUGCAGUCCCCUCAGCUGCCAUCUGCCAUUCACAGCCAGCAGCCCUCCCCUACCUGGGGAGGCGCCUGAAGGGGGCUGGCAGAAGCCCUAACCCUGUCUUGGGGACACCCCAGCUAGUCCACCCACCUGUCCCCUACCCCAGAAGCACAGCAUUUCUCCCCAAGGGAAGCUGCAGAUGCCUGUCCUUUGGUGGGAAUGCCUGCCAGCCCGAGGUACUCUUGGUCCCCACUGGCACAGAUGGGCGCUGCAUCCUCCAGGACCUCCCAGAAAGUGCCUCCUCCAGCCCCUGGAAGCCUUUGUGCCUUGGCUCCCCCAACACCAGACUUCGGCAGAUGAGUCCUGCCUUUUCCCAUAACCAACACCCUCCCUGUUCUGAGGGUCUUAUUUAUAAGCAAUACAGAUGUCCUAAACCUGACCCAGACCGAGGAGCUUCCCGGACAGCCCUUCUAAUCCUGUGCGGAGCUUACAUAAAAAGGAAGAAACAUUCAGCCCUGGUUUAGUCCCCUUCUUACCCACAAACCACUACUACUUGAAACUUAAAAACUUACCGAGUGGAAAGGCUGAAGUGAAGCAGUUUGACCGAUCCUGUGAUUUGUACUGUUUACUACAGGCUAUUUAAAGAUUUUGGAAUAUAAAAAACUACACUUGUGAAAUACAGAUGUAAAUGAAUUGUAUAUUUUGAAAAAUAAAACAUUGAAAUCAACAAAGACGCACUACUGUU